AUCUUUUAAAAAUAAAUAAAGUUGAGUAAUUAUCAAUAAUAUUCAACAAAAUAUUUGAAAUAUUUAGAAAUAUUUAUUUCAUUGGAAAUAUUUAGAUUUGCAUAAGUAUUAUGAUAUUGUAUCAGCAUUUGCUAUGUCGGACAACAAAGCCAAUUAUCUUCUCUCGCUUGCAUGAAAUAAAGAGAUUUUCUUCCUACUAUACAUUUCCUUUAUUUACUGGUACACAACAGUUGUUAGAGGCAAGUCACUUUUACAGUAAUUUGCCAUGGUGGACAACAAUAGCCAUUUCUACAGUUUUACUUCGUUGCAUUACUACUGUUCCCAUGGGCAUAAAACAAAACAGAAUAGCAGCUAAGAUGGAGUUGUUACAACCUCAGUUAAAGAAUUUAGGGGACUCUGUAAGAAGUAGUUUGUUUUCAAAAAACUUGAAUGAGGCAGAUAAAAAAAGAAUGCAACAAGAUUUCAGAAAAGAGAUUGCUAAACGCACUAGUGAAAUUUACAAGAAAAAUGAUAUAUCUCUUAUGCAAUUUAUCAUGUUACCAUGGAUCCAGAUGCCUACAUGGAUAACACUCUCAUUAGCUUUGAGAAACAUAUCUGGCUGUAGACUUCAAAAUGAAACUAUAGAUGUUAUCUACAUGCCAUCUGAAGGCAUAACAACAGAAGGUUUACUUUGGUUUCAAGACUUAUCUGUUCCUGACCCGUUUUACAUUAUUCCAUUUAUAAUACUAUUUGUUAACAUUGCAAAUAUUGAGAUUAAUACGAUGCGUGCUCAAGGAUUUUGGAAGUACCUAAAACCCAUUUUACGACUCGUUGCAGUUUUAACUGCUUUUAUUUCAAGUCAAGUCCCUUCCGCCAUGUCGUUUUACUGGUGCACUUCAAGUAUCUGUGGGUUAAUGCAAAAUGUUAUCUUGAAAAUACCUUCGGUUAGAAGAAAAUUAGAUAUACCAAAAACAAAUAGUGAACAAGAAAGAUCGAUUCGUAACAUUUUAGGUUUCAAGGAAAAAUGAGGAAAAUAAAACAUUUGGUAUUAUUGUCUUUCAAUAAAAAUUUAAAAAGCAGUUACUCGCAAACAACAACAGCAACAUAACACUUUUGGGAUUAAUUUUUUACAUUGCUUAUAAUCGAUUAUUCUCAGUAAUGUGUAUAUAUCAAAAUUAUUUGGUUUAAGAUAUCGCUUUUAACGAA